AUGGUAAAGGAGACUUUGGGAUGUGGAAAUUCAAGAUGCAAAUGCAACUUGAAAAUCUGGGUUUGGAUUCUGUUCUGGUUGGAGGAAGAGUCCAGCAGCAGCAGUGUACCUGAUAAUGGCAAGGCAGUUGACGGUGAAGCUAAGUCUACUGUUUCUCCGGUUGAUCCGCUGAAAAAGGAGAAAGACAAGAAGGCAAAGAAUCUGAUAUGCUCCUGCCUUACAAAUCUGGUCCUGCGCAAGGUAAUGAGAGAAACAACAGCUUUAGGUGUAUGGAAAGCUCUUGAAAAAGAUUAUCAAACCAAGACCUUACCAAACCGUAUCUACUUGAAGCAAAGGUUUGCAAGUUUUAAGAUGGAAGAGCACAAAAGCGUAGAGGAUAAUCUUGAUGUGUUUCUUAGGCUUGUAGAUGAUUUAGCAAGUUUGAACAUCAAUGUGAGUGAUGAGGAUCAAGCGGUGCAGAUUUUAUCAAGCUUACCUAAGCAAUAUGACUCACUAGUUCAUACACUCAAAUAUGGUAACGGGAAAGAAACGCUUACCUUGCAUGAGGUUACAACUUCUGCAUAUGCCAAGGAGGUUGAGCUCAAGGAAUCUGGGCUUCUUGGAAAGGCAAAGUCAGGUGCAGAAGCGUUGGUUGUGAGUAGAGGAAGGUCUAAGAAGAAGAGUUCUUGGCAGAACAGAGGUAGAUCUAAGAGCAAAGACACAAGGUCAAAAUCCAGACCAAAGAAUGGGACAAAGCCUAGAAAAUGUUGGACUUGUGGUGAAGAAGGUCAUUACAAGAAAGAUUGUCCUGAGCAAAAGAAUGGAAAACAAUCUAACUCUGCAAAUGUUGCUCAUGAGAAGGAGCAGCCUAUGAUCUUAACGGCAAGCAUACAAGGCAACGUGAAAGAAUGGGUCAUGGAUUCUGGAUGUACUUUCCACAUAACUCCAGAUAGAGAUGCUUUGUUUGACUUCAAGGAAGUUGAUGGUGGAAAAGUAACUAUGGGUAAUAAUACUUACAGCGAAGUCAAGGGAAUUGGAAAGCUUAAGAUCAUAAAUUCAGAAGGAGGUACAGUGAUUUUAACUGAUGUGAGAUACAUGCCAUCAAUGGGUAAAAAUCUCAUCUCUUAUGGCCAAUUGGAGAGGAAUGGGUGCAAAUAUGAAGGUAAAGAUUUCAUAGUUACAUUCUACAAAGGAGGUCAGAAAGUAAUUUCAGGCAAGUAUCGAGAUGGGUUGUACUAUUUGCUGGGAACGGUUGUUAAGGUUCAAGGAUCUACUGGUCAAGGUGGAGAGAUUUCUCGAAAUUCUGUUUCUACUGGUCAAGGUGGAGAGAUUUCAGAAAGUUCAGAAUUAGAGCCAAAGGGUUUACCUGGAAAUAGUUUGGAGAAGUGUGUAUCGCUUCUCAAUGUCACUCCAUAA